AUGCUUUCUCUUUUAGGCAUCGCCACGCACACAGCAGCGGCUGCAUCCAACAUUCGCUAUGACCUGCAAGAACAGGGUGAAACUGGCCACGGGACGAGAUUCCAACGGUUUGUCGCCAUCAACGCAGAAAGUGGGCAAUCCUUGACCAUGCUAGAUUGGACCAAGGCUCUCCAAGAUGGCGAUGUGGCGUCCCUAAACGCAGUGUUGGCCAAUGCGCCAUUCAGGGCCGUGUAUUUCGAAUUGCCACCCGUGACGCAUCAGUCCGUGGCAGAACAACCCUUUGAAUUUGUCCUUUUGGAAGCCGCCAGCUUGACGAAGCGAAAGCCUCGGUUCCGGUCCUUUCAGGACCCAUGCGAAAGAGCACAAAUCUCGGAUCCGUAUGGCUGCGUCUUUCCUAACUUGUCGGGAGAUGCCGUGUUGAUCGUCCCCAAGCCACAAGAGAAUGGGUCCGGCAAGCACUACACGCACCUUGCCAACUUUGUCCGUCAAGCCCCGCCGGCACAAGUAGACGCCCUAUGGAAGCUUGUUGCGACGGCUUAUCAAAGCCAAUGGGAACAGAGUGCCAAUACAGUGUGGCUUUCGACUGCUGGAAAUGGAGUCCCAUGGCUCCAUUUUCGGUUGGAUAGAGCCCCCAAAUACUACCGCUACAAUCCCUACAAGACGCCGAUGGUGUGUCACGUGAAUGAUCACAAGCAUGACGGCCAGCAGGAGGACCUGUAG